CUGUCAGUUUCCGAAUAACCUCUAUUGCAAUCCUACGUGAGAGUAUGAAAGAUUAUAUCAAUUUACUUUAGCUGUGGCAAGGACGAUUCAGCAAACAUGUUUUCAAGUGGACCAAAUUACACAAAAUUGAAGACGCAUUUGCGUCUAGCAAUAAAUAGGCUAAAGUUGCUGGAGAAAAAGAAAACAGAGCUUGCUCAAAAAGCACGAAAAGAAAUAGCCGAUUAUAUUGCUGCGGGAAAAGUAGAAAGAGCAAAAAUACGUGUGGAACAUAUUAUUAGAGAAGAUUAUAUGGUCGAGGCUAUGGAAUUGCUCGAAAUGUAUUGUGAUCUUUUACUUGCGCGUUUCGGACUUAUUCAGCAAAUGAAAAACUUAGACGAUGGAUUAGCAGAAGCUAUUUCUACUAUAAUUUGGGUUGCUCCUAGAAUACAAACUGAUGUUCAAGAAAUCAAAGUAAUUGCUGAUAUCUUGACAUCUAAAUAUGGAAAACAAUAUACAGAAGCCUGUAGAGAAGAAGCAAUACAAACUAUUUCUGAGAAGCUAAAGCACAAAAUGAGUGUUCAAUCACCACCUAAACUUCUUGUAGAAAAGUAUCUUAUAGAGAUUGCAAAAAAUUAUGAUGUUGCAUAUGAACCAGAUCCACAGAUAAUGGCAGAAGGUCAAGAUGCUUUAUUGAUAGAUGUUGGAAACAGUGGAGAAAGGAACAAUUUAGACAUAGCUUCUGGGGGUGGCAUACCACAGCCAGUUGGAUUUAUUGGCUUCCCCCAGCCUCCAUUAUUACCAGAUCCUGCAUCCAAUUUAACUAAUUCAGAAAAAGGACCUAUAGGAUUUGUAACUCCAUCAGGAAUUUCUCAAAAUAAAGAUCAAAACGUUCCUUAUAAUCCACCUAACGUUUCUUACAACAUUCCUUUAGACAAUUCUAAUGAUGACAAACCUGAAAAUGAUUUGCCUCCACCAUACGCAUCGUUUCCACCGGAUUUAAAUAAACAGUCUGACCAGAAACCAAAACCACAACCGCGGUCGAAAAUGCCGAUGAAUGAUUUUCAGCUUCCAGAUUUGCCAGCUGUGCCGUCAGACAAUGAUUUACCCUCCAAUAAUCCAUCUACUAGUGAAGAUAUUAAUUUUGAUGAUUUAAUUCAGCGCUUUGAAAAUUUAAAGAAAAGAAAAUAG